UGUAAAAGAUUGCUCAACUGAAUUUAAUUUUCAACACUCAAACGAUAGUCAUAGCGGUGAAUAUUCACCAUACUCUACACCUUCCAUAACACACCCACCGCCAACGCUCGGUCAAGCCGAGCACGAUCUACUUAAACAGUUUGCUUUGCUUUUCGGUCCCGACGCCGAUGUCAACACAUAUUAUAUAUUAGAUUCAGAUGUUGAUGGUGAUGACGAAGACACUAGCGGUAGGAGUACGACAGCCAAUGUGCAUAUCGAACAGACGAUUGCCGAAAUUAAUCAGGCCGGUUCACCUUUUGAAACCACCCGCACAACGCCGACAAAAAGUGUGACCAGCUCAAUGACAAUUUUACCAGAAUCACCAUCGUUUACUAUUAACGAGUCGCAUCUACCGCAUAUACCAUCUUCAUCUACAUCCAGCUCAUCCAUGUACGCCAUACGCACGCCAUCACCGAUACGGUUUCGUCUCUUGGAAUCGCCAAGCUCCGAUAUCGACGGUAUCACGCUUACCGAGAUGGUGGAGGUACAUUGCCCACCGACGAAAGCACUCGACGUUAGUGUGAAUAUGGAGCAUUUACUGGUUGAAGAUCAAAGUGGGGUUGGCGCCACCGAUGAGUUUCCGAGUCAAAAUAAUAAUACAUCCUGUUCUAUGUCAUCCACCCUAACAGAUAGCAAAACUGUUGAUGUACGAACACCGAUAGUAGUUUAAGCUUGUGUUAAAAAAACAUGUAUGUAUGUUUGAAUGUGGUAACCAUGGUAUUUAAUUGGACCUAAGUUGGUAGUGGCUAAAUCCAUGUGCUUGAACCCCGACAAGAUUAGUUGAAGUGCAGCAAAGCCACAAAGAUCACAUAGAAAAGUGUAAAACAACAAAGCUAAUUGUGGUAAAUGAGGCACAAAUAUCCUACUCGUAUCCAGAAGCUUAGCUUCGUAGUUCGUUAUUUGUUAGUAAUCAGACGUGUAAAUGUAAUUAGGCUGCGAAAUCAAACGUCAAAAAAAUUAUUACUUUCUACGCUCGAAUGAUUUACGUAUAGCUGAAGAACUUAGGGGUCAUUUUACUUAGCAAUUUUGUUGGAAAUGAUUCGUUAGUAUAGAACUGUUGCUAGCAAGCAAGUUGUUUCGAUGGGAUUGGACUAUUUGCAGAAGACACCACAGUAUUUUUGAAGCUGUGUAUACGGCAGCCAAUUAGAUAGAGUCUUAGGCUCACGUAGUGUGUAAAGCAUAGGAAGAUACCAAACAUCCUAACUAGUGGAAAGGGAAAUGUCUUCUUUUAUUGGCGGGUUCCACACUUUCCAUAAUGGAUGUUGAACAUUUUUGGAAAGACUCUUCCUAACACAUUGUUUUUGUCGACGUUUGACUCAUCCUUUAGCCUUUUCCAUCGAGGGUUGCAACUAUGAUCAUUAUGUAAGAAAUAUAUUCAGAUCCGUUAAGACGUGUUUAACGAACUGAAUUUAUAGCGAUAAUUCUGUUUUGUCGUAUUGGUUAGAGAUCCUGCUAAGAUUUGUGAAUUCAGCAUUCAUUAGCCGGUAAUGAUAUUAUAGUAAAAUAACUGUGCAUUUUAAGAGAAAAGUGUUGUUUUUUUUUAGGGUAUAGAAUUUAGUAUGAGUAAAGAAAUGUUGCGAUGUAUAGAAAAAUUGACGUCAUAAAACUGUUUAGAUUGCCUUAAAAGAGAGUCAAAAAGUUACAAACGUCUUGCUUGUUAGUUCAGAGAUACUACCACUUGUCCUCUUUUACCAUAAAUUGCUUUGUUAUCUCUGUUAUACUUCGUAAUUUACUCUACUCGAAUAUGUAAUCUUAAUUUCGUCAAGUUAUUUUCGAAUAGAAACAGAGGAACUUUUUAUAAUUCAUAUUUUUAUUAAAAUUAUUAUUUCGAAAGCGAUAGACGUCAAGUUACAUAUGCUGUAUUGUUGUUGGUAAAGUGGUGUAAAAUACGUUCGAAAUUUUUUUUUGAGCAUCAGAGUGUGUUAUUCUUACGGUUACGGCUGGAUUCUAGCGCUUGUACUAACUUUUGUUCAUAUGUAAAUUUAUAUACGAACAUUAAGCCUUUUCUCUGAUGUGGAGAAAAAAUGCCAAAAAUGGCUCUUUACAGUCAUUUGAAAGCGUUUAUUAAUGGCCUACUAAAUCUUUCUGUUCCAACAGAACUAACGCAAAUUUAUACUAGGCUCUGACCAGGGUUGCAAUUAAGUAAUUUUUUUAUACUGAAAAUAUUAAUUAAUUAAUAAUUGGAUCCCACAAUCCGAUUUACAAAAUUAAGUAAAUAAUCCCAAAAAUCGGUUUAAAAUUUUAUUUAAUUUGUUACACCCAAAUACCAGAUUUUCAUUGAACUGCACUGGAUUGUAUGGGAAAAAACAAAGCACAGCUUUGAAAAACAUUAAAAAAAAAUGUUAAAAUGGAAU